UGCAGCCUUUGGGCAACAACGGAGAGCCGGAGAGCCGCGCGGAGGCUCGACGCGCACAAAGCAUGAUUCUCUCUUUUGCCGUCGUUUUUCUGAUGGAUUACACAUUUGCGGUUUCGGCGUCACCGGUGGAGGAUUUCGGACUGGGCUGAUUGCUGCUCAUUUAUUUGAUUGAUUGCUUGCUUUUUUUCAAAUUAUUUUUAUUUCUUUCUUUUGGGGGGCCGGGUGGGGGGCUUUGACUGGAAUAAUGCGGCACAAAUGGGCCGCCCGGCAGUCGCUGUGGUGGUGCCACCUCGUCUCCCUGCUUUGGGGCACGACAGACGGCCACAGCCGCUACAGCAUCCCGGAGGAGUUACAACGGGGCUCGGCCGUGGGAAAUCUUGCCAAGGAUUUGGGUUUGGGGGUUUCUGAACUGCAUCGGCGCAAGCUCCGGAUAGCGUCGGAGGCCGGGAAGCAGUUUUUCAGCGUGGACCUGGCGAAGGGAGACCUGCUGCUGACGGCUCGGAUAGACAGAGAGGAGCUGUGCGGACAAAGAGCGGCGUGUGUGCUGCCUUUGGAGCUGCUUCUCGACGAGCCCUUGCAGCUGCACAGGGCCGACGUCGAAAUAUUGGACACCAACGACAAUGCUCCGAGUUUCGCGACAAAGGAAAAACUGUUAAAAAUAGCAGAGCUGGUUCAACCGGGUGCACGGUUUCCGUUGGAAAGUGCGCAAGAUCCGGACGUCGGCGCGAAUUCUGUGCGCUCCUAUCUUAUCAGUAAAAAUGACAAUUUUAAAUUGGCGAUCAAAACCCACAAAGACGGAAGAAAAAUCCCCGAGCUUGUGCUGGAAAAGCCCCUCGAUCGUGAAAAGAUGCCCGUCCAUCAUCUCAUCCUCACGGCUGUGGAUGGCGGCGACCCGGUCCGGUCGGGCACGUCGGAAAUUACGGUGACGGUCCUUGACAACAACGACAACGCGCCGCAGUUUGAGCGGCAGCUUUACGAGGCCAUCGUGAGCGAGAAUGCGACUCGGGGCGCGCACAUUCUGCAGGUGACGGCGACUGAUGCGGAUGAGGGACUCAACGGCGAAAUCGAAUACAGUUUUGCAGAACAGACGCCAGAAGACAUUCUGACGUUAUUUAGUAUCGACGCUGCGACUGGAGCCGUGACGGUCGGGGGGGAUUUGGACCACGAAAGCGCUUCAGUGCACAGGUUUGACGUUACCGCGAGAGACAAAGGCAAUCCCAAAAUGGAAGGCCACGCUGGCGUGGAAAUCAAAGUAAUGGACGUCAACGACAACGCUCCUGAAAUCAUUGUGACGUCACUAACGACUCCGGUGCCGGAGGAUUCAGCCAUUGGAACGGUUGUUGCUCUCAUAAGUACAAGAGACCCUGACUCCAAAGACAACGGCAAAGUUACGUUGCGCCUCACCUCUCAAUCUCCCUUUCAAUUAAAUCCGUCGGUCUCCAACCACUACUCCUUAGUGACAAACGAGCGACUCGAUCGCGAAAGACAUGAACAAUAUAGUGUCGAGAUAAGCGCCACCGAUUGUGGGAAGCCUCCACUAUCGAGCGCAAAGCAAAUUUUAGUUCAACUUCGAGACGUCAAUGACAACGCACCAGUUUUCUCCCAGACUCAUUAUAAUGUUUUUCUCAAUGAAAAUAACGCUCCGGGACAUAUUUUAUGUUCGGUGUCGGCGAGCGACCCGGACGCCGGCCAAAACGCCAAAGUGUCCUACACGCUGCUGGACAGCAAAGCGUCAGCGGCGCCGGCGGCGUCGUCGUACGUUUACGUGAACGCCGAGAACGGCAGCAUCUACAGCAUGAGCUCGUUCGACUACGAGAAAGUCCAAGUGUUCGAGGUCGGGGUGGAGGCCAAGGACCGGGGCUCUCCGUCGCUCAGCAGCACCGCCACCGUCCACGUUUUCAUCCUGGACCAGAACGACAACGCCCCCGCCGUCAUCUACCCCUCCCCCCACGCCGCCUCCCACCUGAGGGCGCCCCGCUCGGCCAAGGCGGGCCACCUGCUCACCAAGGUGACGGCCGUGGACGCCGACUCGGGCCACAACGCCUGGAUCACCUACAAAGUGGCGGAGGCCACGGACGCCUCUCUGUUCACGCUCAGUUUGUACACAGGGGAGGUGAGGACUAAACGCGCCGUGUCCGAGCACGACGACUCCUCUCAGAGGCUGAUCGUCGAGGUCAAGGACGACGGGGAACCGGUCCGCUCGUCCACCGUCACGCUGUCCGUCCUGCUGGAGGACGCCGUCAGCGAGCCCGCCUCGGAGCCGCACGGACGCCGCUCGCUGUCCGAGCCCGGCCACAAAGGCGGUGGCGGCGGCGGCAGGAUCACGCUGUACUUGAUCGUGUCCCUGGCCUCGGUGUCCGUGCUGUCUCUGCUGGCGUUGCUCACCUUAGCCGUCAAAUGCGCCAAGACCGGCGGCGGCGGGGCCGCCUGCUGCCCGGGCGUCGGACGGCCCCGCGACGAGAAGCCCAACAGAAAUCUGCACAUUCAGCUCAACACCGACGGACCCAUCAAGUACGUGGAGGUUCUGGGGGGAGACGUCAUGUCUCAGAGUCAGUCCUUCCGGUCCUGCGUGUCUCCCGGGUCCGAGUACAGCGAUUUCACGCUGCUCAAGCCCAGCGGCACCGCCGACUUCAAGGAGGUCAUCGGCGUGCUGGAUGCGUCUUUGCCGGACAGCGCCUGGACCUUCGAGAGCCAGCAGGUGAGCCCACCGUUCGCUUUGCAAACAGAGGCCGGAAACUGCUCCUCGUGCGCAUUUCCCCAACAUUUCUCUCCCACUACUUCUUCAUCUCACUAA